AUUCAUUGAUGUAAAAUCUUCUGAGGAUUCUCUAUUAAAAAAUUCUAAAUCAAAACUCCAGACAAAAUGAAAUUUAUCCAGUGGAAACAAAAAACGCAGAUCGUUUUGAUAGUACUAUUUUCUGUGAUAUUUCCCAACAAUGCGCUGUCAAUCACGAGCUUACCCACAUCCUUUGACCUCCGGGAGGACUCCACAGCAGAGACUCUCAUUCACACGGUGGUUUACACGGGGGUAGCGGCGGGCGACAGCGUUUCCUGUACUAUGACCACGGUGACAAACUUCCUCGUAAAAACUAUAACCGGCACGACAAACUACGGUGUGUAUGUCGUUGCGAACCCCACAGGACUGUCUUAUCCAGCUACCUACACUAUUCCGGUAACGUGCACGGGAUCCCCCUCUGCCGCUACCGACACGGAGAAUCUCCAGGUUGUUGUCACUCAAAACUCCCCUCCCACCUUUACUAAUGUUCCCGGAAGUGUCAGUGUUGAUAGCACCACCACCGGAAGUGGCGUUACAAUUUUCACAAUACAGGCUUCAGACGCAGAGGGUGACCAAUUAUAUUUUGAAAUCGUAUGCAUUCCAACUGGUUGUCCUUUCGAAGUGUUCGCAUCGGGUGCCAUUUUGACAACAGCUUCUUUGGAGGGAACGGCAAUUAGCGGAUAUGACAUCAAUGUUUAUGUUAACGACAGCAGAUCAAAGGUUGGACCAAACGUAUUGUCGGUUACCAUUACAAACGUCAAUUCUCCUCCCACCAUCACCAACAAACUGACGACCCCUGUAUCAGUGCAGGAGAACGUGGUUGUGGGAACGAGUGUGAGACAAUAUGUUACGACGGACGUCAACGGGGGCGCACUCACAUAUUCUGCUACCUACAGUCCGGCAUCCGGCGGAACGUACUUCACCAUCGAGUCAGCAAGCGGUCUCGUUAAAACAGCAAACUCUCUAAAUUACGAAACUCUAGCCACGGCAGAGCGAACAGUACUAAUCACAGUUAUUGUAAGAGAUUCAGCCGCAGCAUCCGACACCACUACCCUCACCGUCAACAUACUUGACCAAAACGAGGCUCCCAGUUUUCCUAAAGACUCAUAUAUCCUUGUAACGGAUGAGGCUGCGGCGGGAACUUCUAUCGGCAAUCCGAAUUUUCAAGCUACCGAUCCCGACACUGGAGCAUCGUUAUCAUAUAGCACAACAUGUACCGAGGUAACAAUCGACUCCACGACCGGGGCAGCCAGUUUUACGUCUGCUUACGAUAUGGACGUAGCUGGAACAUCAGGGAUAAUCACAUGCACAGUCACAGUUAGCGACGGUUCUCUUACGGAUACCGCUUCUCUGAAUGUUACUGUCAAUAACAUCAACGAUAACACCCCAGCGUUUGGUCAGUCUGCAUACACGUUUACAGUCAGUAACACAGCGGCCGUGGGAUUCACCGUGGGAUCCAUAGCAGCAACAGAUGGGGAUCUCAGCACAAUUUCAUUCGGUACUAUUACCUAUGAGCUGAAUCAACUGACUCUAGGAGGUGACUAUUUCGGGGUUACUACCACCGGGGAUUUAUACGUCAAAUCGGCUGUUACGUCUCUUUCUGUUGGUGCCAGUUACAGCAUAACAGCGACAGCACGUGACGGUGGUCAUCUGUCGGACACCGCAUCUAUCACCAUCAUCAUACCCUCCACCACCACUACCACAGCCACCACCACUACCGAUAGGGCGAAAACUUUCUUUGAGGACCCGCGGAAUGUCGCGUGGUUCAUUGCAGCCAUGGUUGUUCUUGCUCUGAUGAUUGCACUGAUUAUCUAUAUGGUCAUACGUUACGGAGUUCAUUUCAAACAGUAUAAAUCUCGUCGUGUGAACCACAAGAAAGAGAAAUUGCAAGAAUAUAUUGAAGGGAAAUGGCGUCCUUGGAAAGUUUGGGAUAAAUGAUGACAUCAUUAACCUUAGUUUGGUUAUGAAAGACACAGAGAAAAAUUUUGUUUGUAUGAGGACUGAUGAUAUUUUAUAAACUUAAAUUUCAUUAAACAUUGAGAAGUU